CAUCAACAUGAUUUUGACGAAAAAGUGCGAAAGGAUAUCCGGUUUGACCGGAAAUCUUAUAUUUGGCGUUACUGCUGAAAGAUAUGGCUGCAUACAUUGUAUUAGCCUGCUAACUCGACGUUUACGUUUGACAUAAGCUUAAUUCUUCGACCAACCUUUUGAAAUGGUAUGAUAACAAGCAAGUUAUAUCGCUUCUGUAGACACAAAAAAAAUCGUUAACCAUGUUAACGUCUUUCUGAGUUUUGUAAAUCACGUUAGCUACCAAGCUAUACAAAGGAGAAACCAGUUAGCCAGCUACUAGCCUAGCUAGUACUAGGUGGCUAGCUAGUUUAGCUCCUUACGAAUUGUUUUAAUGUUAUUUUGUUACCAGAUAGAUUAAAAAAAACAUAGCUGGAUACAUUUGCUGGUGUUACAAAGAAAAAGCGUCUAUCGAGCCUCAAUGCCCGAACAAGGCCCAAGGAUGAAUGGUUUUUCCCUCGGCGAACUAUGCUGGCUAUUCUGUUGCCCGCCCUGUCCCAGUCGCAUCGCAUCCAAACUAGCCUUUCUCCCUCCCGAACCCACGUACUCCGUACACACCGAUGCUAACGGGACGAGUAGCCUGCAUCUAACCGAGCGAGCAGACUGGCAGUACUCCCAACGCGAACUGGACGCUGUCGAGGUGUUCAACACCAGAACCAGUCGGGGAAACCGACUGGGUUGCAUGUUUGUAAGAUGCGCACCUAACAGCCGGUACACGUUGCUCUUUUCCCACGGUAACGCAGUGGACUUAGGCCAAAUGUGCAGUUUCUACAUCGGCCUCGGUUCGAGGAUAAACUGCAACGUCUUCUCGUAUGAUUAUUCGGGCUACGGUGUCAGCAGCGGGAAACCGUCAGAAAAGAACCUGUAUGCGGACAUCGAGGCUGCCUGGCAGGUGCUAAGGAACAAGUAUGGAGUGACCCCAGAGAACAUCAUCCUGUACGGUCAGAGCAUCGGCACGGUACCCACGGUGGAUCUGGCGGCGCGCUACGAGUGUGCCGCCGUCAUCCUGCACUCACCUCUUAUGUCCGGCCUGCGAGUGGCCUUCCCUGACACGCGCAAGACCUACUGCUUCGACGCCUUCCCCAGCAUCGACAAGGUGUCCAAGGUGGCGUCGCCGGUGCUGGUGAUCCACGGCACGGAGGAUGAGGUGAUCGACUUCUCGCACGGCCUGGCAAUGUACGAGCGCUGCCCGCGUGCCGUGGAGCCCCUGUGGGUGGAGGGCGCCGGGCACAACGACAUCGAGCUCUACGCCCAGUACUUGGAGCGACUCAAGCAGUUCAUCUCCAUCGAGCUGCCCACAUCCUGAUCUCCCUUGGCCUCCUCCACUAAAACCUAGAGGGGGGCUGCGUAUCAGGUCUAAAAUGGCUUCCUUUUUUCGUUCCUUAAUCUGUGCAGAGAGAAGUGGAUUGGUGGAAAUUUGAUACCUGAAAUCCACCAUGUUGGUUUGUAUUGUUUAUUGGUGCAGAUGUUGGAAAGGAGGGGAGGAAGUGUUGAGAUGCUUAACCAGGUCAGGCUGAGCUGAGCCAGGCCAAGGCAUCCCCGGCGCUCAUAUGUGGACAGGUCCCAGGUCUCUUUGCCAAGGAGCUAGGGCCCGCUCAGUAUUUGCACUUGCUCUUCUAUCUGGAUCUCGAUUUGAUUCUCCUUCUUGCUCUCCCUCGCUGGUGGGGAUGUGAUCAAUUCCCUCUGCGAUCUUGUUCUCCCUAUUUCAUCUGUUUCGCUCUCUUUUAUGCUCAUGAUUGAUUGACUUUGUAUUCUUUUCUACCUGAUGAAGAACAAUCUGUUUUGCACCUCAGAUACAUGAUUGAUGUUCUUGCUUGUUUGUGUUUGUUAAAUAUUGUUUUGUAUUUUUCCCAUUCAGGGUGAAUUGAAACGAAUGCACUUUUAUUGUGCAGAUAUGUUCAGGUAAUCAUACUGUAUGUUCUGAUGUAUGUUCUUUGUUAUCUUAUUGACAUUCCAUGUUUCACAGAAACUCAUUCCCAUCUUGUUUUCAAGGCCAGUGUGUGACCGUGUGAGAGAUGCGUGUGGUUGAAAAACAUCAUUACCCAGCUCACCCCUGGGUGUCUCACCUCCUGUAACAAUGCUCUUGUUAACUGGAGGUCAUGUGGUAAGUAGGGCCAGGUGUUUUUCCUCAACUGGGGUUUUCCAGUGAGGGACACCACCUGACCCUAAUGAUGACACCUGACCCUAAUGAUGACACCUGACCAUGUAUCAAAUAAAAACAUACCUACAAUGUACUGUAAUGGAACCAAAUCAGCCCCUAGCCAGUACUGUCUCUACACACACCUGAUCAACCCCUAGCCAGUACUGUCUCUACACACACCUGAUCAGUCCCUAGCCAGUACUGUCUCUACACACACCUGAUCAGCCCCUAGCCAGUACUGUCUCUACACACACCUGAUCAGCCCCUAGCCAGUACUGUCUCUACACACACCUGAUCAGCCCCUAGCCAGUACUGUCUCUACACACACCUGAUCAGCCCCUAGCCAGUACUGUCUCUACACACACCUGAUCAGCCCCUAGCCAGUACUGUCUCUACACACACCUGAUCAGCCCCUAGCCAGUACUGUCUCUACACACACCUGAUCAGCCCCUAGCCAGUACUGUCUCUACACACACCUGAUCAGCCCCUAGCCAGUACUGUCUCUACACACACCUGAUCAGCCCCUAGCCAGUACUGUCUCUACACACACCUGAUCAGCCCCUAGCCAGUACUGUCUCUACACACACCUGAUCAGCCCCUAGCCAGUACUGUCUCUACACACACCUGAUCAGCCCCUAGCCAGUACUGUCUCUAGUCACACCUGAUCAGCCCCUAGCCAGUACUGUCUCUAGUCACACCUGAUCAACCCCUAGCCAGUACUGUCUCUAGUCACGCCUGAUCAGCCCCUAGCCAGUACUGUCUCUACACACGCCUGAUCAGCCCCUAGCCAGUACUGUCUCUACACACACCUGAUCAGCCCCUAGCCAGUACUGUCUCUACACACACCUGAUCAACCCCUAGCCAGUACUGUCUCUAGUCACGCCUGAUCAACCCCUAGCCAGUACUGUCUCUAGUCACACCUGAUCAACCCCUAGCCAGUACUGUCUCUACACACACCUGAUCAACCCCUAGCCAGUACUGUCUCUAGACACCCGUGUAGAUCUGAAAGGAGACGAUUUAAACAGUUCAUGUUUUUCUGCCUUGCUGUUCAGAUUUUUUUUUUACCAUAUUGCUAAGACCUAUCCAUUCAUUUCAGAUCUGGAGGUAUGUCUUGGGCGUAGGAGUUGAUUUGGGAUUCAGCACCAGUGUAGAUGUUUUUGUUCAGAAGUUUUCCGUGAAGCCAUUUUGUUUCUGUUCAGAAUUAAGAUUGUGUUUAAUGUAAAUGCUUUGGGUUGCUGUUUGGCAGUAUGUACCUGUUCCUUUCAUUUCAACACUUCAAAUAAAGCCUUAAGUCUGUGGACAUUUCACCCUAACAUUCCUGUCGACUUGAGUUGGGGAGUCUCAUGGUCUGCAGGGGGACUGACUGCUGCUAUGGGUUCGGUUGGAGGAAUCUUCUCAAUCACUGUGAAAAGAUGUUUUGGGGUCAUACUGGUCAAAAAGGUACUUCACCUAAUGCAAUCUCAAUGAGUCUUCACAUGUAGAUGAGAGAUUUGAGCCAUCUCACCACCAUUUGCAGAUUCUGGCUGUAUCCCAUUUGUCUGGGGGUAAAGGGGGGAUUCCCCCCAACAGACCCCUUCCCUGCUCCCCAUCUCGUUUCACUCCAAAGAACUCAGCAAGUGUCACCAAGACGACGUUUUGGAAGAAACACUGCAUGCAAACAACUUUUCAUAAAGGACAUUUGAGUGCAGAGAGAAGAAGCCAGAGGAAUGACUGGGUUGGAAGUCUUCUGCUUAUAUUCUCAGCUGUAUAAUAAUAAUAAUCAACACAGAAACACUACACUGCUCAAGGAGUGUCCUCUUGGAAGGAGGAGGUAUAAGUGAAGGAUAUGUGCGUAGCAACUUGUGAUUAAUGUUUUGACUGACAGUGUAUUGCUGUGAGGUGAUGGCUGUAUUUUGCGGUCGUGGUUGGGUUUUCGUGUGACGAAUAAAAGAUUCUAGUGUUUUCUCGUCA